AUGGCAGCUGGCAAACCAAACUUCGAAAACGACCAGUUUCCGAUAUGCUUGUCCGACCCAAACAAUAGUAACAUCAGCUCCCCUGUCGAUGAAACUAAUGAGGAGCGCCUUUCGGGCUACAGGCUAGCUGCCCUGGUGUUUGGGCUUAGUUGCUGUGUUUUCUGUACCGCGUUGGACGGCACGAUUGUUGCCACAUCAGUUCCCAAGAUUGCCACGCAGUUCCACUCCCUGGAAGAUGUUGGCUGGUAUGCAAGUUCAUACAUGCUGACCACCUGCGCAGUGACACUUCCAUUUGGUCGGAUUUAUACUCUUUUCCCAGCGAAAUGGGCAUAUCUGAGUGCUUUGUUUCUCUUUGAACUUGGAUCGCUGAUCUGUGGAAUUGCCCCAUCCUCUUUGGUUUUUAUUAUCGGACGGGCUAUCUCCGGCCUAGGGGGGAGGAGGCCUCUUGACUGGGUCGCUGGUUAUUAUUUCCAAAUGUGUGCCUGUACACCGUCGCCCAGUAUUCUCAGGCUUGAUUAUGGUCUUGGAGGUGUGUUCACUGAUCAUGUAACAUGGCGAUUGUGUUUCUAUAUCAAUCUGCCUUUUGGUGCUAUCACCGGUGUGACUGUUUUCUUCACGUUUCAAAACACCAAGCCGAUUGUCCAAGCUACCUUAAAAGAGAAGCUGUGGGGAAUGGAUCCACUAGGAACCAUCAUCUUUGUGUCAGCCAUUGUUAGCUUACUUCUUGCUCUACAGUGGGGUGGUUCAGUUCAUCCAUGGGGAGAUGGACGUAUCAUUGCCCUUUUUGUUGUAUUUGGAGCCUUACUUGGAUGCUUUCUCUGCCUUCAGCUCUAUCUUGGAAAGAAGGCAAUACUGCCACCUCAUCUAAUUUGUAUGCGGAAUAUAUGGGGGUCUGCACUUUUCGCUUUCUGCGCGAAUGGUGUGCUGAUAAGCUUCGUCUAUUAUCUUCCGAUUUGGUUUCAAGCCGUCAAAGGCACCUCAGCCACAAGGUCGGGCCUCAUGAAUCUCCCUUUUAUCCUCUCCAACGUUCUGAUGACAAUGCUUUCUGGUGCCUUUGUCACAAUGAUCCGAUAUCUCAGUCCAUUCAUGCUCCUCAGCGCUGCAAUGACCUGCAUCAGUGCUGGAAUCCUCACCACGCUUGAACCUACCAGUGGCCCUGCAAAAUGGGUCGGCUAUCAGCUAUUUCUUGGCAUCGCAAUUGGUACAGGCUUUCAACUGCCCAUCUUUGUUGUCCAGACUACUCUCCCUGCCACUGAUAUCCCGAUUGCCACGGCACUGAUGACAUUUGCCCCGCUUCUUGGCGGCUCUGUGUUUGUCUCUGUUGCACAAAAUCUGUUUAAUAAUCGGCUGGUAGCUGGAUUAAAGGCCAAUUUGACGCAAUCAGAUGUCUCGGCGGUGUUACAGGCGGGGCCAACAGGAUUGUGGGUCAGAUAUCAAGGUGCUACAUUGCAGACGUUGUUGAAAGUAUAUAAUGCAGCAGUGACAAGGACAUUUUAUGCUGGUAUCGGAUUGGCUGCGACUUCAUUUAUCGGGGCAGCAGUUGUUCAGUGGCGGUCACCAAAGCAGGAUACAAAUGAUAAUUUUAGGGAGGAGGGAGAUGUUUCACUGUAA